AUGGACGUGGACGUGGACGUGGACGUGGACAUGGACAUGGACGUGGACGUGGACGUGGACAUGGACGUGGACGUGGACGUGGACAUGGACGUGGACGUGGACAUGGACGUGGACGUGGACGUGGACGUGGACAUGGACGUGGACGUGGACGUGGACGUGGACGUGGACGUGGACAUGGACGUGGACGUGGACAUGGACGUGGACAUGGACAUGGACGUGGACAUGGACGUGGACGUGGACAUGGACGUGGACGUGGACGUGGACAUGGACGUGGACAUGGACAUGGACGUGGACGUGGACGUGGACGUGGACGUGGACGUGGACGUGGACGUGGACGUGGACGUGGACGUGGACAUGGACGUGGACAUGGACGUGGACGUGGACGUGGACGUGGACGUGGACGUGGACGUGGACGUGGACGUGGACGUGGACGUGGACAUGGACGUGGACGUGGACGUGGACGUGGACAUGGACGUGGACGUGGACGUGGAGGACGUGGACGUGGACGUGGACGUGGACGUGGACGACGUGACGUGGACGACGUGGACGUGGACAUGGACGUGGACGUGGACGUGGACAUGGACGUGGACGUGGACGUGGACGUGGACAUGGACGUGGACGUGA